UUGGAAUAUAGAGAGUCUAUGCAAAGCGAGGCCACCCAAUGGGCUUUGUAGCCUCUGGUGUGCGGCUCUACAGUGUCGCCUGUCUAUUGGGACUGGGUGCACCAUACAAUGUCCAUAAUAAUGGCAACAGGCCCGCAGCUUGUACCAAGUACGAACGGCCCGUCUCUUCCAGCGAACGCUACUCUACUGUGUACUUGUUCGGAUCAAGAUCCAAGCGUUGCCCUGCCCGUCUUUGGUCGGCUUAGAGGUACGUUAUCCGCCAUCAGAUCCCCAUCGCCAACAUUGCCUCGCUCGUACACCCAGUCGAGAGGAUCUGCCCUACCAGCGCUGUUGUGCUGAACAUUGAAAAACACCAAAUUUAAACGCCAGACGACUACAGGGCGCAGCGACCUGCAGCAAACAGACGCACUGCAGGUUUAAAGUGCAGCACAAGGGACUGACACCCCCCCAACUUGUCAGCUUACCAUCGAAGAAGCGACCGAUUCUGCUUCCCCACCAGCGCUGGUCUUGACCCUGUCAACCACAAAUCGCCCCCCUCCCCACUCCACUCCUGUGCUGGCCACCCCCCGGUCCACGCUGCUACCGAGAGGAGCUUCUUUUCCAGAAAAGCGCCCCCCCUCCGGGUUUCCCUGGUUUUUUCUUCCUUCGUAUUUUUUUCUAUCUUGAGAUUUCUGUUUCGAUUUCUUUUCUUUUCUCGUUCGCAUAUUCGCCCGUUUGGCUAUUGUUGGGAUUUUUUUUUUUAGACUCUUGGCCUGGUGCUAGGAAUAUACUGCAAAGGUCGCCUUUUCUUCUGUCUCGAUAUUUAAGCGCCCACCACGACAGAGGGACAAACCCAACAUCGACCAUCCGAGCGUCUACCGCACGGCACCGCUUGUUCGUCCGUACCCACAACCUGUAUCGCAAAAGAGGCCAUCUUUCGCUACUGCCUCUCGACUUCCGAUUCUUAUAGACGAUUUGCUUUUUUCACAAGAUCAUGCUCACAUUCGCUUGCUGAGCUGGGGCAUGGUUGCAAUCGAGUCAUUGCAUCAUGGCAUCCAUAAGAGGAGGAUACGGGCUACCUGCACGGCCAUCUGAUGGCUACAAGGGCCCUAUGAGAUCACGAAUUCCCUCUAGCCGCUCUGUUUCAAAACCUCCUGUCGCCUCAGAGCCGGUAGACCCAUUACCGCCACAGCCUUCAUCGGCUACUUCAAAUGCGCGACAGCUACGCCGCGUAGGUUCGGGGUCUUCUUCGCACCACCAUUCGAUACCUGCGUUCAGUAAUCGACCAAGGCAUACUCCACAGAAUACAGGCACCGAUGGAUUAUCUUCAGCAGGCGCACGACCUUCGUUGCUACAUACGCAGAAUGGGUCUGGAUCGUCUUCGUCAAGCCGGUCAUACGAUAGCAACAGCAGAUCUGUCCAAAGUAACUUUUCCCGGAAACGUUCCUCAACCGCAGAAAGCAGUGCAUCCUCACAAGCGAGAAUACCGAAACCCUCGGCGUCACUCAUAGGAGUAUCAUCUGAACGACGGAAAUCGAGACCUUCGCUUGAAUCCACCCCAGUCGCCCAGUUUGACCGCAGCAUCACAGCCAGCCCUGCUGAGGUCUCAUAUAGCAAAGCAACCCAACCGGCGAUUACAUCAACUCAGCCUACACCUACUCCAUCUAUUUACCCCGAACUCGAUAGAUAUCGAAACAUUCAAUCGAUAACGUUGAGUAAGGAAAGCAUCGACAGUCUGUUUAAACUUUCCGCUCAUGACUUACCUCCCCCCACCCCAAACGCCCUCUUUUCCGGCAGCAGCAGCCAAGUCAGUGCAAGCCCGUCGACCAAAUUUUCUGAGUCGCCUGGCCCUUUUGCAAUUAGUCGCGACACCACACCAACAUCCAUUUCAUCCCAGUCUCCAGGAAUCAUUGCGCCUAAACGGUUUGCGGCAUCGCUCAAGGCUCGACAAGCCAGCCCAACACGUAGCCGCCCACCCGUCACCCGCCGACGGACUGGCAGUCUGACGAAUGAGCCUGAGUCGGCAGUCAGAGAUCCACGAGGGCUAGCAGCAGUUCGAGAAUCUACCACGUCCUCUUCAUCUAAUUCUACUGUGAGAGAGGCUGAGCGCGGAACCAGGAAGCUGCAGACCUCGGGGGUUGCAAUUCCCCCACCUCUACCCAGCCCACCGCCGCGAAAGUCAUCCCAAAACUUUCGAUCUAAGAACGAUCGCCGUCCGGCGACUGCUCCUAAGGUCGCCAUACCAGUCGUUCAAAACAUGGAAUCGCCUGUCAGCCCUCUCAAGGUAUCACCAACAAAAACCGGGCCGCCGUCCCGCCCGAGUAGGGAAGGGACGCCGAAUCUUGAUUCGGAUUUCUUCGAUCCCCAACCCGUCAUUCAUACAGCCAUCGUCGCUAGAGCGAUUGGGACUGAGAGACGCGGCAGCGAGUCAACGGCUCGUGUUGUGCAAACUUCGCUCACCUCACCUCCCUUGGGGCCUAAAAGCGCCUCGACGUCUCAUCUACCCGGUCUUGUCAACUCAUCAACAGUCAUCAAAUCGCACCCACCUGUCUCCAAAAGACCAACUCCACAGAGGUCCAGUGAAAAGGGCCGGCCUGCAAGCCCCAGCCCUGCACCGUCAUUUAAUUCUAGAUUUCAUUUCUUUGGACGUAAAAAGUCUACUCAGGAAGAUGCUACUGCGAAAGCUGAGUCAAAGAAACUGCUGCGCAAAGGUCCCGCGGCCGGAACAGGCUAUGAGGGCUAUGGCCGUGUAGGCUCUAUUAGAAGGCGGAGUGGUGGUUUGACUCUGGGUAGAAGCCACCAGGAGAGCCUGUUAUCGCAAGAAAGCGUGACGUCGCAGGAUUCAUUCUUCACAGAUCGCAUGAAUCCAGUGGUGAUUUCUGGAGGAAGCGUGAUCGAAAACCAAAAUCGCAAUUCUGAACUUGCAAAGUUGGCAUCAUCGCGACCAAGUCUUGACUCGCAAGAUACGGCAUCUUCUGUGGACAUCUUCAAGCCAGAAUCUGGAGGACUUCAGCCAUCAGCGAUGCCUCGUCGGCGCCAGCAAAGCAUCCAGUCAAGACGCCCAUCUGACAGCAGCGAGUCUGAGGGGCCUACUGUUAAACCUUCACUCGCUCUUCGUAGGUCACUACAUCGGAUUAAAAACGCCCAUGAAGAGACUCUUCACACGCUCAACCUUCCGCAGCCCAUUUCCAUCGGCAAAAUGUCUUCUCCGGCAAUUAACAGCUUGGAUACAAGCAUCAUGUCUGAUGAAUCACACGUCGAACUGCAAAAGGAAAUGUCAAAAUCUUCCGUUACAUCGGACUCAAUGCCUCGGAAAUUACAGAAGAGAGCCCGUUCACCUCGCAAAUGGAACUUAUUUAGCCGCUCUCGCCAACCGUCACCCGAGAGGGUAGCAAAACCUGUCAGCGCACAGGUGACGGUCGUCGAGAAGCGACCAGUUCCGUUUUACGCCAUGAUGGAUUUUCCAGAACGUUAUCCCGACAACAUGGACGUUCAGCUCGCUCUUCAGGACGCUGAGGUCUUCCCGCCUAAUACGGUCUUGCCUAGCGUCUCAACGGCGACAUCUCAACAGUCAUCAUCCAACUCAUCGCUCCCAAUCCCAUCAACGACCAACAUUCUCCCUUCUGGACGACCUAGCCGAUUGCCUCAAGUUGGACGAAUCCCGAUUGCUGGCAGCCAGCGUAUUGAGCGUCCAGUUCCGAAAAGCUUUUCUCGGCCUUUUAGAGCGAGCCUCCCUGUGUCCCCUAGAACAACGCAGUUUGCAGAUCCUCAGUUUAUCGCGAAGGGCCCGACUCCUCCAAAGUCACCAAAUCUUGUACCGGACCUCACCAUGGAAGAUUCGACCGUUGAAACAGGCACUAUGAAUCUCUCUACUAGAGCGUCGCCUGGCAAAUCCUCUGUCGAUUAUACUCAUAUGGGAACCGAAUUUCUCGCCUUUUCACCUAGAAAAUCAUCAGAAGAUACGGUGGUUACAAGUUCAAGCUCCUCGGCAUCCGUUCUUUUCGCCGCGUCUACUGCCAUCAUACCAACACCCUUGGACCCGCCAGCCGAAGAUGAGAUUUGGGACGAAUAUGAUGACUUUCUCGCUGAUGAAACCUUGAGACCACGCCAAUCAACUACCUCUUCAAAGGGCGUUCCUUUUCCCCUUGAGAAGUACAAUGACCGCCUGGUUCAAGAAGUCAAGGCUGAAUCAGACAAGCCCAGUGCACCAGCACCAGCUCUGGAUGAAGUUGCCAAACCAGAAGAGGACCCUGCUCAACCAAAUUCCAAACGUCAAAGCACUGCUUCUUCCAGCCGAACCAGGCUGUCCGAUUGCAGCUCUGUGGUUUCAGAUUAUGGAACACCGCUGGCGCAAGUUAAUUUGCGUGUUGGUUCUAUGACUGUGAGCAAAUGGCUGACCUUUGGUCACGUCAUGUUCAGUGAUCUCCGCCACCAAAUGGUUCCAAACAGCAAGGAACCGAAAGCCAGACUAGCAGUCCUUGUUAUCGAUGGCCUAGGAAAUGAUGAUUGGUCAUUCUAUGCUGCAGAAACGUACCAGUCGAUUGACUUUUAUAACUUAUCACCAAGACCCCCCGUUUCUCCAGAGCAGUCCAAAUCCGCUGCUUUCCCUUCCAGCCCCCCAAAUCACCACCAGAUUCAGUACAUGUCCAACUUUGACAAGUUCCCUUUUGCUGCCAAACGAUUUGAUGCCAUUGUUUAUCGCUUCCCCAUAGCAGCACCCGAAACACAUUACCGGAAUAUUGUGACAGAGGCCCGGCGUGUUCUGAAACCAGGAGGCUUCAUCGAACUGGCUAUUCUGGACGUGGACCUGAAUAACAUGGGCAACUGUGGACGUCGAGCGGUUCGUCAGCUCAAAGAAAAGCUCCACGUUGCAGAGUCAAAGACCCAUAUGGGCUCCGCAGCUGACAUGAUUAUUCGGCAUCUCGGAAAUGGUGGAUUCACUGGCAUCAAGGCAGCCCAUGUUGGCGUUCCCGUGGCGAGCUCCAUUGGCAAAUCCUCAUAUGAUGGUAGAUCGUCUUCAGCUCAAAAGACUACGAAAGAGCCCCCCAGUCUAUCGGAGAUGAUGAGAGAUCCAAGCCCAGAUGCUGACGCUGGGAUCACCAAGAUGGUUGCCCGCGUUGGGCGCUGGUGGUAUUCUAGAUGCUAUGAGAGCGCUGGUGCUGCUCAGUCCCCCCCCUCACGUAGCAUCUGGGACGACAAAGCACUCUUACGGGAGUGCGAAGACUUUGGCACCAGUCUGAAACUGAUGGUUUGCUGCGCACGAUCGCCAGAGAUUCGUUCAAUGGAUUAAUCUCCGUCAUAAUCGUCCACAUCUGACCUUUACUUUUUAACGGCAUGAUCUUUCUCGAUUAUGCCUACUUCAUUUGCAUAUAUUACGCCUAUUUCAGCACAUGCACAACGAUUGAAAUGUUGAUGAUUUUAUCUAUUGCAUAUAUUUAGCGUUAUGCGGCUCACGCUGCUCUCAUUUUGGCUUAUACAUGGCUUUUCAUUUUUUUUAAUCCACCGCUGGACGGAGUUGACCUUUGUUCUUCUCGACAUUGGAUUUUAUUUACAAUUAUUUGUCUCUUUGCUAUUUGUAAAGAGUACUUUGGAAGGCGUUUGUUUUACAGAGCCAACGAAUAUGAUGACAUGGAGCGAGCGAUUGCAUAUUUAUAUACCCCGUGUGUCCUCGUUCUCUUCUUUUCCUCUUUUUUAUAUAGCAA